UACGACUUGCUCCAUCUUCUGCCAGCAUCAACGUCGAACAGCAGGAGUCUUUCAUGGGUUUUCAGUCCAUGGAAUAUGAGUACGAACAUGAUUGGCACCAGGGUGCCGAAUAUCUUAUUGAAAGUGGCCAAGACUAUGCUUGCCCUCAUAUUACUUUCUACAACAGUGACGAUUAUAUUUCAGGGCCAACCCGUGUCAAAGGCGGGACAGUGCUCAUAAAUAUUUUGGAAUUUCAUCAUUCAUACGCAUAUGACUGUCAAAGGUAUUUUAAUCUCUGCGUCGCAGACCCGGAUACAAUAAUUUUUGCGUCUGGUAAUUUGAUACAUUUCUUCAACGUCCCGGAAAAUAGAAUCUGGUUCAGACGUGGGUCGACUGGUGGCGGAAUUGGUCAUAUCACUAAAAAUCCAACACAUAAUCACAUAGCUGUUGGCGAAAAUGGCAUCAAUCCUCCCAUUAUAAUUUAUGAAUGGCCAACGAUGGAGAUCGUCACCAUCUUGAUGCAGGGCACAAAGCGCUCGUAUUCUCAUUUGGCAUAUAGUCCAGACGGGCUGCUAUUAGUCUCUCAAGGAGGAGAACCAGAUUACAUGAUAACUGUAUGGAACUGGGCAAGAGCUAGGAUCAUGCUGCGAUGCAAAUCGCAUGUUCAAGACGUUUACAAUGUAACAUUUUCACCCUCCGUUCCUGGACACUUGACUUCAAGUGGAUCCGGUCACAUUAAGUUUUGGAAAAUGGCUAAAACUUUCACUGGCCUUAAACUGAAAGGUGAACUUGGCAGGUUUGGAAAAACCGAGAUUUCAGACAUAGUCGGAGUCUACCCGAUGCCAGAUGAAAAAGUCGUCUCUGGUUGCGAGUGGGGAAAUAUUUUGCUGUGGGACGAGGGUCUAAUAAAACUAGAAGUUUGUAAAACGGCCCGAAACACUUGUCAUGCAAAAUUAAUAACACAGUUUGAAUAUAAUAACGGUGAAUUAAUAUCUGUUGGUAUGGAUGGUUGGAUUCGCAUAUGGUUUUACGAAACUAUUGAACAAGCUGAUCCGCCUGACGAUGAUUGCUUCAUCGAAAUUGAGCCGAUAUACGAAUUUGAAAUUGCUGAGGACAAUGCCAAAGGUGACCGUUCGAUGCUCAUGUGUAUUCAGAAACAAGAACCGGAAGAUUUUGAGCAGUCAUUUUGGUAUGCUCAAGAUGGCAACGGCGGUUUGUGGCUAAUCGAUAUCUGUACCUCUGGAGUACCAGAACCACCAAGGAAAAUAUUGACGUGCCAUGCUGGUCCUAUUGUUGAUAUGAGCGUUUCAACUUGGGGCCCAUUUGUCGUUACCUUUGGUAGCAAUGCAUAUUUACACAUCUAUAAUUACUAUACCAAGAGAUUGAUCCUGGUUCACAAGUUCCAUGAUGUUGGUACUCAAAUCAGAUGGCUUCCAUGCUCGGUCGAAGCUAGCGGUUCUACUCUAGUUUGCGCAUUUGGAAGCGGUGUUCUUCGCAUGGUCACGAUAGCCGUAGAGAAAGCCAAUUCAGCAUCGGAUAUAAAAGGUGAUUACGUUCGAUUGCUACAGGUGAUAAAACCGCACUCCAGUCCCAUUACCGUCAUGUCGUUGGACGAAUCGAACAGAUUACUUGUUACCGGAGCUGAAGAUGCAACAGUGUUCGUACUGCGCCUUCUUAAAAAAAAACCUUAUCCUGUGCUUGUACCAAUUGGUUAUAUCAGAGUUCCAUCAAGCCCGACGUGUCUCACAUGGAAACCUAUAGAAACUAGGACAAUACUGAUUGGCUGCCUCAAAGGUGAAUGUGUCGAAGUAAAAUUCCCUGCUGAUCCUGUCGACUACACUACAGUGUCAUACGAGCUUGUGCGCUGCGAGUUGCGUAUCUUCAAGUUUGUAUCUGUGAAAUCAGCCAUUCGAAGGGAGUUGUUUCACCUUAAUUUGCAGAAAAAGAAGGCAGAGAAAGUAGCUGUCAAGAUGAAGCAAAUGGCACAACUUGUGGCUGAUAAUCCUGGAAUUGAAAUCGACGAGGAAGCCUUUUUAAUGGAUUCUGAAGACGACCCGCCGUAUCCUGACAUCCAUAUACCAGAAGUCCCAAACAGAGUCUUGUUUGCUAAUUACACGGUUGGCAAUACCAUAUGGUUAUCCAUGGCAGGAUUUGAUGCGGGAUACAUAUAUGAAUAUCCACUUCCAACGACUGGCACGAAUGUCUGUGAGCCUCGCAAAAGCACAAUGGUCUUUGACGGAGAUGAUACAGAAAUAAGCAGUUACUUGUUCUAUAAUAAUCAGAAGUAUUUGAUCCUCGGUAUGGAGCAUGGUGAAAUCCGCGUUUGUCGUGUCAACAAAAACGAUCACACAGACUUAUCUGAUUAUUGGAUACUACCAAUGCAUGAUAAUUACAACGGAUACAUACCGAAGAUAUUGAUUAGCCAUGAUAAUAGAAUGCUACUGACCUGCGGACACGAUGGAAACUUGUUUUCGUACUUGAUUAACGAUGUCAGUGAAUAUAUGGACUCUUUUUUACAUCCGGAAAUACAUGUGCCGCUUCGAAAACUGGUAUACGAGUUAUUGAAGUUAGAUAAAUUUAUGCCAGAAAAAAACUCAGACGAUAUCGAAGAAAUGUCUUAUCCAAGUUUGGAAGAGGUGAUCGUAAAGGCUGAGUAUAACAGAAUAAUGGCAGCAGCGAAACGGAAGAAGAAUGAGGUCUUGAAUAUAUUGAGUGGACUUGGGGAAACUUACGCGAAAAUUAUUGAUCGAAAUCGUAGUCUAAUCAAGUCCCAACAAAUACCGCAUGCGGAAUUCGAGCUAGAUCCUAGAAUUACGGCGAAUUUGAACCAACAGUUACAGGUAGAAAUGGAUCUGGUGCACAGAAAGUUAGCGUUCAAAGUAGAGAAGAGCAAGCUACAUCUCCGGAAGUUGAUGAAUCAUUUUAUAGAACCGAUCACUUGCCUUCCUUUCGAAGUUUGCAAAAUACUGUCACCAAACACUUCGGUAAAAUCAUUACGAGAGCGGAAAUUGGAUGAAACAUUUUUGAACGCGUGUACCGAAGUAGCAAGAAGGAUAAAGGAACGAGACAAUGCAGGCAGGUAUGCAGAUGUUAAAGCUGAGGAAGUGGAAGAAGAAGCUGUGGAGAAAAAGAGAGUUUCAGGAGUGGAAAGUUUUCUUAAAGGAUUAAGUCCGUCAACAAUUCAGUACCGCCUGGGUGUCAAAGUCAAUCAGAUGCUGAGAAAAUACCGUGCUAGAAAAGCUAGAUUCGAAGAGCGUCAAAUGGAGUGGAAGGAAAUGUAUGCAAGUAAGCCAAAUCAACGUGUAAAUCAUCCAGACGACGUAGCGGCGAUUGAGAAUGCAGCAAAUGCAAUUGGAGAUUACAAAUUAAAGACAUCUGCAAACUUCAGUAUUCCCAAAGAGCAAAGAGAGAAUACGUUGAACAAGUACAAACAGUUUUUGGAUGCAAGGAAAAGGGCUCACGCUAUGCGGGAAGGCUUCAACGAUAAGUUGAGAAACAUUAGAAGCAAGAAAGAGACUCUUCUAUACGAGGUCAAUGAUUUGGUACUGAAAUUGAAAAAAAUACACGCAGAGAUACCUGAAAAACGAAUCAAGCCAAUACCAAUUGUGCCUCAGAUUGAUUACAACAUUGAAUUUCCAGAAAAAAAUUUAAAGUUUGAGCAAUAUGUAUCAAUGGCUGAAAAAGUGAGGGAGGCAAAGCGAACUAAGAAAGGGUUUAUGACAGAAAUCGUCAACGACCCAGAAGAUGAGGAACACGAAUUACUAUUGAUGGAUGAAAAAACUGUUCAGCUGGAAAGAGAGAGCAGUCUUACUAUGUUGUUCAUAAAAAUGCCUGAGAAAAGAUACAGAGCUCUGUCUGUGGUAGCGGAAGAUGUAUUGCAGAGUUUAAUGACAGGCGACCAAACCGAAACGCCUUGGGAAAGAGAGUUGAAACGUUCUCGUGUCGCUAGAAAAAUCUAUGAACAAGAUUGUAUUCUGGAACACAUUCAGGAAAGCUAUGAGGAACUAGAUAAAAGUUUGGACGAGCUGGAGCGAGAGCGACUCCAGAUUGUAACUGACAGCGUCUACAUGGAGCUUUUUAUUUUAACUUUACAUCAGGAGCUGAUUGUUCUUAAGGACUUUGAAGCAAUGGAAGAUAUGUUGACCGAAAAGGUAACGGAGAAAAUCCACGAGAAGGUCACUGCCAAGAUGAAGAUACAAGUGAUGACCAGCAGAAUUGAUCAAAGAAAUAAAGAGAUAGUUAAACUGCAUGCAAGAAUAAAGGAGCUCGUCUCAGAGUUUAUGAGCAUGAUCAGUGAAAAUAAGUUUCACGACUUUUUGAAGAGGAUCUUUAAGAAGAAGUACAAACCACCGAAAAUUGAAGAUGAGUCGUCAUCGUCUUCGUCAUCAACAACAGACAGCAGCUCGGCAGAAGACGAUACAGGCAGUAUCGAUAGUCGAGAAAUUGGACCGAUUCACCUUGAUGAAAAUACUUGCCCACCUAAUUGCGAUCGGGAAAUUUAUCUCGCAGCAUUUUCGAUGCGCGAAAAACGCUACGAGUGUGAAUUUCAAAUAAAAGAGGAACAAAAGUGUAUCGAAGGUCUGCGAAAAGAAAUCGAAAGUGAUACAAAGAAGCUGAAAGUCGUUGAAAAUGUUUUGAAAAGUAAUCAAGAUGAAUUACAAGCUUUCAUGCAAGAAAAACAGUGUAAGUUGAAUGAUAUUGAUAUGACUGUGAUAUUAAAACUGCAUCAACUGCAGCAUUUCAAAGAGGAAAUGGCCAUGGAAAAGAUUAAUGACUGCGUAGUAUUUGACAAAGCCAAACUAACAAGCCUCUACGCCAGGGUAGGUGAGCUGAGGGAAGAAACAACCGAACAGAAAGCUAAACACAAAAAAAAUCGUAUGCAUUUGCAACGUAUGAAUGUUGAUUGUAAACACAUGGAUGCAGAAAUAUACCGGUUAAAAAGUCGUAUACGUCAAGAAAUGAUUAAGAAAUUUGGUCAAGAAGUGUCUCUUAACGCUCUUUACGAAGCUGUGUUAAGGCGCAUGAUUUACGACAUCAAAGUUGGUCUCACUGAAAUGGUUCCGGUAUUUGAAAGUCAAAUUAAAUGUAUUCGAGAUAAAUAUGCAGAGGAGAUAAAAACAUUGGAAACGGUCAUUCAAGAUAACACUGAGAAAUUGAGCUUCCUAACGGUAUUGGAGGAGGAACAAUUGAAAUUAAGGAAAGUUCUGAAACACGUUCCUGUAUCAGAAAAUAUCGUGGAGACCUGAAGAAACUGGAAAACAUCCUUAAAAGUCAGAUGGAACAGAAAGAGUUGUUAAAGAAUGAGAU